ACCUCCCCUAACUUCCAGCUCCAAGAGAAACUCCUCUUCUUGGAUUCUCUUGGUAUAGACUCUUUCCAUUGCCUCACUUCGCAUUCCCUUAUCAUCUCCUCUUCCUUAUCCGAUCUCAAAUCAAUUAUUGACUUUCUUUACUCCAUCAAUCUCACCAUUCUUGAUAUCCGGCGCGUGCUACACAUGUGCCCGGACAUUUUAACCACACCACUUUCCUCCAUCCUCCGCCCCGCCGUCACCUUCUUGCUCCGGGAAGCUCACGUCACCGGUGACAAUCUUCCGUUUGUUCUCCGCCGCCGCCCCCGGCUGCUCACUAAAUCCGUAGAACAGAAUCUUCGACCCACCCUUUACUUCUUGCAGAGUACUAUUGGUAUUGAGGAUGUUUCAAAGUGCGCAACUUUACUCUCUUGUUCUGUGGAAACUAAGUUUAUACCCCGUUUGGAUUACUUUCUGAGAAUUGGGUUUUCGAGGAGAGAUGCGAAAGUGAUGUUUAGGAGGUUCCCAUCGUUGUUCUGUUACAGUAUAGAGGAUAAUUUGGAGCCGAAAUUUGAUUACUUUGUGGUGGAAAUGGGGAGGGAGUUGAAGGAAUUGACUGUAUUCCCUCAGUAUUUCUCGUUUAGCUUAGAGAAAAGGAUAAAGCCGAGGCACAGGAUGUGUGUUGAGAAAGGAGUGUGCUUGUCAUUGCCUGUGAUGUUGAAGUCACACGAAUCGCGAUUUCGUGAUAGGUUGGAUGUAUGUUGUAGCUCUUCUAUGCCGGGAACUUGAACUGGCUGGGAGUAGGAUUUGAAAGAAGAACCAGUUAUGAAUACUGAAGAAGAGGGACUAAUCUGAGCUGUUGACUACUUCCAAUGAAUUACAAAUCACUCAGCUACAAAAUCAAUUUGUUGCGUGGAUUGCUUAUCAUACCAUUUAUUUUAAAGAUUUUCUCAGUCUUGUCAUUAUAAUUCCCUCCAGUUUAAGGUGCGGAGGUCGAGCAUUAGGGUUGUAGGCUAGGAGGUAGUCGAGCUUUUUUCUACUUCGAAGCGGGGGUGAGGCUAGUUUGAUAGGGUUGAUCUUAGACAGCUAGUGGUUAAUGUUGUGUUCACAUUAUCCUUCUGUUUUAUAUAGCUGCGGGCCUUAACUACUGGUUAUUGUUAUUACAUGUCAUUUAUUUUUUGUUUUUUA